AUCACGCAUCAAGAUAAAGCCAUGUUUAUAACGUCAUAAAAUAUUUAUAAUUUUUUACAUAAUAAUUAAAAUCGAAACUCCGAUUGGAAUUUUUUUCAAAUUUUCCCAGACUUAAAAUUCAAAAAAUUUCAUAUUUUUUUUUUUUUACUCGUUUUUAAAAUUUUGACAUUCGUGUCUGUGUUGAUAGUAAAAUUAUUUGAAGUUUAAUUAAAUUAAAUUAAAUUGAAUAAAUUUUUAAUUUUUGUAAAAAAAAAAAAAGUUUUUGGUUUUUUUUUAAAAAUGUCGAGAAACGGUGAAAGACAAAGUUAUGCACAAACUUAUAAAUUAGUUGUUGUUGGUGGUGGUGGUGUUGGUAAAUCUGCAAUUACAAUACAAUUUAUACAAAGUUAUUUUGUAACAGACUAUGAUCCAACAAUUGAAGAUUCGUAUACAAAACAAUGUGUCAUUGAUGAUGUACCAGCAAAACUUGACAUUUUAGAUACUGCAGGGCAAGAAGAAUUCAGUGCAAUGCGUGAACAAUAUAUGAGAAGUGGCGAAGGAUUUUUACUGGUAUUUUCAGUAACAGAUCAUUCGUCAUUUGACGAAAUUUCAAAAUUUCAUAAACAAAUUUUACGAGUUAAAGAUCGCGAUGAAUUUCCAAUGCUCAUGGUUGGUAAUAAAGCUGAUUUAGAUCAUCAAAGAUAUGUUCAAGUUGAUGAAGCACAAAACUUAGCUCGGGUAUUAAAAAUACCUUACAUUGAAUGCAGUGCUAAAUUACGAAUGAAUGUUGACCAAGCGUUUCAUGAACUCGUGAGAAUCGUUCGUAAAUUUCAAUUAUCUGAGCGGCCGCCUUUGAAGCCUAAUUAUAAGAAAAAUAAAAAAAAAUGUUGUAUGUUAUAAUUAUAAUUAUAAUUAACAGCCUUUUUUUUAUUUUAUUUUAAUUCAAUUUAUUAUUUUUAAUUAACAAUUAAAUCUUAACUCUUAACUCUUAAUUAAUUAUUAAUUAUACGAGGAAUUUUAUAAUGAAAAGGAAAUUUUUUUAUUGAAAUUUUUCCAGGAAAAAAAAAAAAUUGAUAUAAAAAUUUAUAAAUUUUUAAGUCGCACAAAAUUUUUAACAAUCGACUGAUUUUUAAUCGAUUUAUAAAUAAAUAUAUUAAAUAUUUUUGAUACAUUUUUAAAGAAAUUUAUGGAGAAAAAUAUUUUGAAAUUUAUUUAUGAGAAUUUUUUUUUUAUUAGAAAAUUUUUAAUCAUUAAAUUUACAAAAAUAAAAAAAAAUGCGGGGGUGGAUUUAUUUUAAAGAUCAGAACUUUGGUUAAAAUUUUCACUACUUAGUGAAUUUCGAUUAUUUUUAUUGCAGUGUAAAAAAUUCGGUGUAAAUUCGGAGUAAAUUGAAAUUUUUUUUCAACGAAGAAAUUUCGAAGUGAUGAAAAUUUCAUGGAAAUCUGCAUCUAUUCUGAUUCGGAGUCUGAUGUUACAAAAAAAUCCCCUCUGGAGUAAAUGUACUCCAUCCUGGAGUUCAAAUGUUAUAAUUAAUCUUCCUCUGGAGUAAAUUUUACCCAAAUGCGGAAUUUUACUCGUGAAUUAAACUUCGAUCCGGAGUAAAUUUACUCCAAUUCCAAGUUUGAAUCUUAACUUUAAUCUCUGGAGCAAAUUUCACCCAAAUUUUAAAUUUAACUCUUGAAUUAAACUUCAAACCGGAGUAAAAUUACUCCAAAUUCAAGUUUAAAUUUUAACUUCAAUCUCUGGAGUAAAUUUACUCCAACACGGAGUUCAAAUGUUAACUUUCAUCUUCCUCUGGAGUGAAUUUUACCCGAAUGCGGCAUUUUACUCUUGAAUUAAACUUCGAUCCGGAGUAAAUUUACUCCAAUUUCACAGUUUAAAUGUGAACUUUAAUCUCCGGAGUAAAUUUCACCCAAAUUCAGAAUUUUACUCUUGAAUUGAACUUCGAUCCGGAGUAAAUUCACUUCAAUCUGGAGUUCAAAUCUUAACCUCAAUCUCCGGAGUAAAUUUUACCCGAAUCCGAAAUUUUACUUGUGAAUUGAACUUCGAUCCGGUGUAAAUUUA